GCUACGCCUAAUUCGCCCCGGGCCUCUCGAUCGUUUCCUUUCACACGGAUAGUUUUGGGAGAAACGGAGAGAGAGAGCCGUUCACUCUUUCCCUCUCGUUUUCUUUCAAGGAUUUGCAGGCCGAGCUGCUUUCCUCGUCUCGCUCGGGAGGGGUCUAAGACGACGAACGAUACCCUCCAAGCAAAGCCGUGGGAAUGUCUGCAGCCUAACAAAAACUCGUCGCCAACACCCCUCCCUUCUCUCUUGGAUCAACCCUCUCUGCCCCUCUAUAAAUACUUAUACAGCCAAUCUCAACCUAUUUCUGAAGUCCUCUAAACCCUUCUCUGGAAGCGAAGAAAAAGAAUAGGCCAAACAAACACUCGGCCAUGUGUAAAGCUAGGACCCCGGACUCUCCCUCGCCGUGCCAAUGCGACCACCAUGAAGAACCCCACGGCCUGCUCACAGUCCCCUUGGUCCAGAUUAAGCAGCAGACGACGACGAGCCCAUCAGAGGAUGCUCCGAUACUCAAGCCGAAGCCGCCUACCGAGCUAGCUCAUGCCUUUGUGGAAGCCAAGUCUAUAUUAAGCCUGGCGGUCCCCAUGGCUCUGACCGGCCUCCUCAUCUACUCCCGCUCUAUGAUUUCCAUGCUUUUCCUCGGUCGCCUCGGUGGCCUCCCCCUCGCCGGAGGCGCCCUCGCCAUCGGCUUUGCCAACAUAACUGGCUACUCUGUCCUCUCCGGUUUGGCAAUGGGCAUGGAGCCAAUUUGCGGCCAGGCGUUCGGUGCCAAGAAGCUCUCCCUCCUCGGUCUCGCCCUACAGCGGAGCAUUCUCCUCCUCCUCUCGGUUUCCAUCCCCAUUGCUUUCCUCUGGACCAACAUGCGGCCGCUCCUCCUCCUCUGCGGCCAGGAUGCGGCCAUCUCCGCCGCCGCCCAGUCCUACAUUCUCUUCUCCCUCCCUGACCUCUUCCUUCUGUCUUUCCUCCACCCACUCCGCAUCUACCUCCGCUCCCAGUCCAUCACCCUCCCCCUCACUUAUGCCGCUGCCCUCGCCGCCCUGCUCCAUCUCCCCAUCAACUACCUGCUGGUCUCCGUCCUUCGCCUCGGCAUCCCCGGCGUCGCCCUUGCCUCCGUCUGGUCCAACCUCAACCUGCUCCUCCUCCUCGUCGCCUAUGUCUACCUCUCGGGGACCCACAAAAGCACCGGCGGCAUAAUUCCCUCCGCGGAGAGCUUCCGCGGUUGGUCCUCUCUUCUAAACCUCGCCCUUCCCAGCUGCGUCUCCGUCUGCCUGGAAUGGUGGUGGUAUGAGAUUAUGAUCCUCCUCUGCGGCCUCCUCCUCAACCCCAAAUCCACCGUCGCCUCCAUGGGCAUUUUAAUACAGACCACUUCCCUCAUCUACAUUUUCCCUUCCUCCCUUUGUUUUGGCGUCUCUACUCGCGUCGGCAACGAGCUCGGUGCCAACCGCCCUCACCGCGCGCGGCGCGCCGCCUAUGUCGGCCUCUCCUCCAGCUUCCUCCUCGGCCUUAUUGCCCUCAGCUUCGCCGUCUCCGUCCGUCAUGCAUGGGCCCGGAUGUUCACCGACGACCCAGCCAUCGCAGUGCUCACCGCAUCGGUGCUGCCGAUACUGGGUAUGUGCGAGCUGGGCAACUGCCCGCAGACCACCGGCUGCGGUGUCCUGCGAGGAAGUGCACGCCCGCAGGCCGGGGCCAACAUAAACCUCGGCUCCUUCUACGCGGUCGGGAUGCCGGUGGCCGUCGGCCUCGCCUUCUGGGGACGGCUCGACUUCAAAGGCCUCUGGCUCGGCCUCCUCGCUGCACAGGCCACAUGUGUCGUGCUCAUGCUCUCUGUCAUCCACCGCACCGACUGGGACCUGCAGGCCGACCGUGCGCAGAAGCUGACCGGUGCAGCACGCGACGCCGGAAUUCGCAACGGCCAUUUAAACGAACCUGAUCAUGAAGAAAAACUGCACCAGCCGAAACCUAGCACGGUGGAUGAUGUAGCUGAGAAAGCCAAUUUGGUGAUUACAAUCACGGUUCAUCAAUCUUCCACAAUAACUUGAAUCCCUGUGUAUUUUUAUUACUUCUUCUUUCCGUUUUUGUCUUUGUUUACUUGUAUCGUAACGAGGAUGUUAGUCAUCAUUAAUAUUACAAAGAGAAAGAGAAGAGUCCAUUAUAAACGUCA